UCCUCCUCCACGGGCUCCUCGACCUCCCACCGAGUCAAUCCUCCCCCUCCCGACCACGAUCCUUCUUGGACUUCCUGGGAAAGCUCUCCCUCUGAUUUCCCGGAAGUUUCUCUGUGCUUGCACUGCUUCGUUCUCAAGUCUUUCUCUUCUUGCUUCCGUGACUGCCUCCUCCUUCUAGAUUCAUGCCGCGCGCGUUAAUUAAUCCGGAGUUUGAACGUUUUUCAUAUUCCACUUGCCGGCCGGUUUGCCCCGACAGGCAGGGAUAUCUCUCCUGAUUCGAUCUUCUUCCAUUCUAUUGGUUAACCCCAAGUGCUCUGCUCCUCGAGUUUCCAACCACCGAAGUAAUAAGAGGGGAACGAAGAGAAAGCAGGAAACCAUUGAUAAUCUCGGCUUCUCCGAUUCCUUGCCGGAGGCGUCCGGACGCACAAAAUCCGCUGUCGGGACUCGAGUUCGUUGGCUGCGCUGCUCCCUCCCUAGUCAGAAACUACAGGGCAUCGAUACAGAAAUUUCAAGUACUGCUGCUGGGCUUCAGUCUGUCCGGCGUGCCUCUCCAGUGCUGCAUCUUAGUCAGGUUCGGUCCUUUGAUCUUGCAGCUAUUCAUCCGUCAUCGUAGGGCACUUGUGAUUCCAAGGCAAAGCUCCACGCCCAAGUUAAUCCAGAACCUCUAGCAUGCCUCACGCUGCACCUGCAUAGUGAUCUCUUACUCUUCUUCUGUAAAAGGUAGCAUUUGUUUCAAUCUUCUCAUCCAGUCUAGGGGUCUAUAAUUUGUACCAGAGAAAUUACAGGAUAUAGCUAUGGAACUAGAGGAUUUAUCAUUUCAAUUCUUAAGAGAAAUUACGGAUGAUUUCUCUGAGAAGCGGAAACUUGGUGAAGGAGCAUUUGGAGUUGUUUACAAGGGAGUAACUAAAAAUGGUGAUGAUGUUGCUGUGAAAAAACUGAAGUUUCGUGACAUCAACCUUGACUUUGAGCAGUUCCAAAAUGAGUUCUAUAACCUGAAAAAACUUAAUCAUCAAAACAUUGUACGGAUUCUUGGCUAUUGCUAUGAAAUAGAGAAAAAACCUGAUAUCAUGCUCGAUGGAAGUAAGGUGUUUGGUUCUGAGAUACAUAAAGCCUUCUGCUUCGAGUACUUGCACAAUGGGAGCCUUGAAAAGCAUCUUUCUGAUGAGUUUUGUGAACUUGACUGGCAUACGAAGUUCAAAAUAAUUAAGGGGACUUGUGAGGGUCUAAAAUAUAUUCAUGAGGAACGUAUUCACCACUUGGAUCUAAAACCCGACAACAUAUUGUUAGAUAAGGACAUGGUGCCAAAGAUUGCAGAUUUUGGUUUGUCCAGAUUCUUUGAUAAGGAACUAGCACGCACCUCCCAACAUCCUUAUGGAACACGUGGGUACCAGCCACCAGAAUACAUCGACAAAGGUGAAAUCUCAGAAAAGUUUGACAUAUUCAGUUUGGGUGUCGUGAUUAUAAAGAUAGUGUCAGGACCCAAGGGCUACCCCAAAUUUCUAGACAUGUCUUCAGAUGAGUUUAUAGAUCAAGUCCGAAGAGACUGGAGGAAUAGGUUGGAAGCAACAUGUACAGGUGAUUUGCUUGAAGCAUAUUGCCACCAAGUAGAAACAUGCACUCGGAUAGCAUUGAACUGUCUGGAGACCGAUAGCCAGAAAAGGCCUAAUAUCAUGAAGACCAUUGAGAAGCUGAAUGAGCUUGAAGUUGACACCGGCAAGGAAUUCAUUGUCAACAAUGUUGAUCCCUCCAUGAUUGAUGAGCCUAAGAACAUAAAUCAGGUUUUCAAUCCUUUAAAACUGUUAUCUGGCAAAGAGUGCCUGGAUAAUGAAAGCCAGAAGAUAUGUAGUUGCCUCCAGAAACUACUUCCUGGAAUGGAUAUUCUGAUUGUUUUAGAUGACUUAUGGGAUGACCAUCAGUUCCGGCUGGAGAAGUUGAAGGGUAAUAGUUCCGAACCCAACGUCGACCACCACAACAAUGCUAGAGACCAAGAUCUCGCCGACUACAUAAACAGUCUAGAUCCCCUAGACACCCUGGCUGACCUGGACAACUGGUCAGCUAACAUCAAUCUAUUCAUGCACGGAUUAACUGAUCCUGCAAGAUCCGAUGAGCUUUGA